CGCAGACUGCCCUACUGCGCGGACCUCGUAGCUACUAUCACUCAUCAUACACCGAAUCUAUUUAGCAAACGCCGAACUGUAUUUUCGAAAGGCAAGCCCAUCUAAUACAUGUUCUAAGAUGUCCGCCGAUGCCGAAUCAGCUCGUCGCACGGCGGAAGCUCGUGCCGCAGUGGCCGCUUCGCUGGCCGCCGUAGGAAGCUCCGUAGACGCCGAACUUCGAACGCGCGCCGCCGACCUCCAUGCGAACUCAAAUGCCAUCGUAAAGCAAGAGAAGGAGCUAGCUAAGCAGACCGCAGCGCUGGCUAAACAGAGCGAACCGUGGCAGAAACUGGCGGACACUAGCACGAAAAAGCUGAAUGAGAUUGGCGACAUUCAAAACUGGGCGGAGAUGAUCGAGCGGGAUUUGCUGGUAUUGGAAGAGACGUUGAGGCUGGCCGAGGGAAAGAAAACGCCGGAUUCAGCGAGUGGGACCAACGGCUGGCCGUGAUGGCUUUGUGGACAACUGGCCAGGAGUACCCCAGCCAGCCCGAUUUUUUGAAACUGCCAGCAGCUUCUGCUGCACGACGACUCGAAAUCGUGUGCUACGUGGCCGUUUGCCUCAUCAACAAACUUGAGUACCCCGAUGGCUGAACGCAUUCCUACGACAUGCCAAUAUCUUCUCGAUCAUCUGCAAUCAUUUGGAAUCAU